AGAGAGAUAAGUCCAGUGAAUGACAGGGUGGUUUCGUACGGGAAGUGUGUGAGGGAGAAAGACCAACUACGAGGAAAGAGAGGGAGGAGAAUCUGAGUCAGAUAGAGAGCGAGAGUGAACCAGAGAGAGAGGAAGUAUUUCACUGCAAUUGAGAUGUGUCAGCGUUUGGUAGGGUUGUGAGAAACAGAGAGAAGAGAGAGAGAAGAGAGAGAGAAGAGAGAGAGAAGAGAGAGAGAAGAGAGAGAGGAAGAGAGAGAGAGGAAGAGUGUCAGGGUCUGACUACAUGUACAACAGUGUGACCAAAGGACCCUCCUCUUUCCAGGGCAGCAGCAGGAUGAAGAGCUGCAUCACCAACGCCGUCUCCAACUUUUUUUUCGAGUAUGAGACCCCCCGACAGGUGCUGGUGCGCAGCAAGAGGGUGGGCGUGGUGUGCCGUCUGAUCCAGCUCGGGGUCCUGGCCUACAUCAUUGGAUGGGUGUUCAUCUAUGAGAAAGGCUACCAGUCUACAGACACGGCCGUGAGCUCCGUCUUCACCAAGAUGAAGGGGGUCGGCUACACCAACGUGAAUGGAGAGGAGAGGAUCUGGGAUGAGGCGGACUACGUCUUCCCUGUACAGGGGGAUUCGUCUUUUGUGGUGAUGACCAACUACAUCAUAACCAAAGAACAGAAAAUUGGAAAAUGUCCUGAGAUUCAGCAUCCGAACUCGAAGAACUCCUGCAGUUCUGACUCGGACUGUGCAGCCGGAGGAACCGAACGUACGGGACACGGAAAAAUGACUGGGAGGUGUUUGAUGGACUCAAAGACUUGUGAGGUGUUGGCCUGGUGCCCUGUGGAAGAUGACAGCAACAUCCCAGAUCCUGCGCUCUUGAUAUCGGCUGAGAACUACACAUUGUUCAUCAAAAACUCAGUGAAUUUCCCACUUUAUAAAGUUAGAAGGAGUAACCUUGUAGAAGGUAUCAACAUGCAGUACAUCAAGAGUUGCCUGUACGACCCGGAGAAGGACCCACUGUGUCCUAUCUUCAGACUGGGAGACUUGGUGAAGAUGUCCGGCUAUAACUUCUCCACCAUAGCCAGAGAGGGGGGUGCGAUUGGUAUUGUCAUCGACUGGACCUGUAACCUUGACUACGCUGAGUCAGAGUGUUGCCCGACAUACACCUUCCAUGGUCUCUAUGGAGAUGCUGGCGAGAAAGACAAGGCCAGAGCUUCUGUGGGGUACAACUUCAGGUAUACACAGCAUUAUAUGGAAGACAGCAUGGAGAAAAGAAACCUUCUGAAAGUGUUUGGAAUUCGAUUUGACAUUAUUGUUCGUUCUGAGGCCCGGAAAUUUGAUAUCAUUCCGACAUUAAUGGCUAUAGGGUCUGGCGUUGGAAUCUUUGGAGUGGCAACGGUAGUAUGUGAUGUGAUCCUCCUUUAUCUACUACCCAAGAGGCACUUCUACAGCAACAUGAAAUUCAAGGUCACAGAGUUACUUGAGGAGCAGAAGCUGCUCAGGAGAGUCCAAGAUCAGGAUAUGGAUCCUUCAAAACAUGCCCCACCUAGCCGUGCCACUUCCCUUCACGCUGCUGGGGUUAACAAGGAAGGCACCUGGACCAAAUCUGGCUCCUCCAACCAACAGCAUUAAUCUGCUUGCAGGCGCCUGACCUGCCACAAGGAGUCACUAGAGCUUGAUAUUACGGCCCCCAACCAGCCCUCCCUCCAAACUGAACAAAGCAUUGCCUUCACGAAUGGCCUAAUGGGAUUAUUGGCCUGCUGCUGCAUCACUUUGGGGGCCUGUAUGAAUGCUUCUUCUCUCAUAGAAACAACAAUUUUCAAACUCAUCUGCAAUAUUCAGAUACACCAGUUAAGGAAAGCGGUGAACCCCUCUUUACGCCUGUUAGCGUGUAUGAAUAAUAAACAUGCAUUUGAUUCGAUACGUAUGGUUGAAUGACCAUGUAGUGGCGUCCGCUGCGCGAUGAGAGGAGAUUUAUAGGAUUGAGGAUAGACUUUUGCCUAGUUGAGAAUCUCUUUGUGAUUGAUAUUACUUUUGUUGAUAUGUACUAGCUGUGUAUUUGAAAGAAGGGCUGGUGUAAAUACCAUCUUCCAAAAUGAAACAAUGGCUGAAAGAUCCUGUAGGGGUCCUCAAACUGUAGGGUCCUCAAAGUCAAAUCAGGACCUCAAAGCCAGUUCCACUUGUCUUAUGCAUUGCAACCUUCAGUGACUUAUUUAGACCUAGGAAACCAGGUAAGUCCAAAUAAUGACAAGGUAGAACAGAAAUCCAGUAUGUUCCAGCCCCUGUAGGGUUUGGGUUGAGUACCCCUGUAGGGUUUGGGUUGAGUACCCCUGUAGGAUGAGAGUUGAGUACCCCUGUAGGGUUUGGGUUGAGUACCCCUGUAGGGUUUGGGUUGAGUACCCCUGUAGGAUGAGAGUUGAGUACCCCUGUAGGGUUUGGGUUGAGUACCCCUGUAGGGUUUGGGUUGAGUACCCCUGUAGGAUGAGAGUUGAGUACCCCUGUAGGGUUUGGGUUGAGUACCCCUGUAGGGUUUGGGUUGAGUACCCCUGUAGGGUUUGGGUUGAGUACCCCUGUAGGAUGAGAGUUGAGUACCCCUGUAGGGUUUGGGUUGAGUACCCCUGUAGGAUGAGAGUUGAGUACCCCUGUAGGGUUUGGGUUGAGUACCCCUGUAGGGUUUGGGCUGAGUACCCCUGUAGGAUGAGAGUUGAGUACCCCUGUAGGGUUUGGGUUGAGUACCCCUGUAGGAUGAGCAUUGAGUACCCCUGUAGGGUUUGGGUUGAGUACCCCUGUAGGAUGAGAGUUGAGUACCCCUGUAGGAUGAGAGUUGAGUACCCCUGUAGGGUUUGGGUUGAGUACCCCUGUAGGGUUUGGGUUGAGUACCCCUGUAGGGUUUGGGUUGAGUACCCCUGUAGGAUGAGAGUUGAGUACCCCUGUAGGGUUUGGGUUGAGUACCCCUGUAGGAUGAGCAUUGAGUACCCCUGUAGGGUUUGGGUUGAGUACCCCUGUAGGAUGAGAGUUGAGUACCCCUGUAGGGUUUGGGUUGAGUACCCCUGUAGGAUGAGAGUUGAGUACCCCUGUAGGGUUUGGGUUGAGUACCCCUGUAGGAUGAGCGUUGAGUACCCCUGCCCUAGAAGUUCUUCAAGGAAAUAUGUCAAAGGAAAUGUUUCAAAUAACUCCUUUAAACUGUUCCUCAAAUGUCUGUUAGAAGAACAUACCCCCAGGUUUUUUGAGUAACCAGUAAAAAAGGUGCCCUUAGAAGAAUACUUCAAUAAUUAAUCGAAGUUUCAAUUUCAAGAACUCGCCUCCAAAAAAAACUAAACUUUAUAAUCCAAAUAAUGUGUUAUCCAUCCAUGGCAGUGUUUAUUUUUCAUUCUAGUCAUCUGUUGAAGUCUAAAGAGGUCAUUCUUGGGCAUGACUCCAGAUUGUUACCAGGCAACACACAGUCUUCAUUCUGUUCUGACUGAAAUAGGAAGACGGAGGACAGAUCUUAACCCCACGGUUCUUCAUUUUUCAUCCUACUGCUCUUCGCAAUUCUCUACGGCUCCGUUCAAAACCAAAUCCAUGCUGCAUUUUUCCAGUGUUCACGCAGUGACUCUUUUCCACUGGUAAAAGGAAUGCAUAGACUGGACAUGGCUAUUGUUCAACAACCUACAUCUACUACCAGGGGAGACAUCUACUACCAACCUACAUCUACUACCAGGGGAGACCCUCCUCACAUGGCUUGGUGCAAUGCAUUAUAAAUCGUGUGCCUAGUCUUGAGGCCAGUCUCAAGACUAGGCACAGGAACAGGAUGACCAAAUUGAGAUCCAGCAUCUGGUCACAAGUGCUGCAACUAUUUGUAUGCUGCCGAUUUGUUUAGAGAUUUCAAUGAGACCUAUCUGGGUAAAUAAAGGAGGAUUUUAAAACGAAAUAUUCACCUGGUGUUUGGGUUUUGUGGAGUGUGUAGUAUUGGUUUUAAACACGGGACACAGAACAAUUGAGAUUAUAAACUAAUUCUAUGAAUCUGUC